UUGACUGUUUCGUGCAUCGUGGUGUGUUGGUGCUGUUGGACAGAGAGGCAGGACCGGGACAGAGAGUGGUUACAUUGAGUCGCUUCUCGGCGGAACCUACUGUGAAGCCACAGAGCUCGGUUGACUCUCGUGAUUUUGGAAACCAUAAGACGCAAACGGGGACGAACGAGUACGAGAGAGAGAGAGAGAAAGGGAUGGCGGCAACGGCGACGAGGACGCUUGAGGAGAUGAGGGAUAUCGUCAACAACGACAUGCCGCAGAUAUACGACAGGACGGCGGGCGUGGACGACGUCCGCGAGGUGUUAGAGCUGGAAGCUGCCAUGGAGAUGGAGUGUGAACGCCGCGAGAUGGACGCAAGGGCCAUGAUCCGCGACACGAUUGACGUGCUAGAACAACGGCAUCGGGCGAUCGUUGAGCCAUCGGAGCAGGCGUUUGUGGCCAGGAUCAGGGUGGUCGAGCACGAGCGCGCUCAGGCGGCGUCUCACAUCCAGGAGCAGGCGGAGGAGGCGGCGGCGCGGGAGAGAGACAUCGAGCGAAUGCAGGGCGAGGUGGAAGACACCCAGACGGAGAUCGAGAACACCGUGGACGCCCACACCAUGGAGAUGCCCCGCGUGCAGAACGCCAUCGGGCUCUAUACCAACAUCACUCGCAUCAAGUGGAACUACGAGACGGAGGGGGAGAUCAUGGCCGGCUGGCUCGUGCCGCCGGAGGCCGGGGUGGGCAUGAAGGGAGCCAACGGGACGGCGGUUGUCGAGGGGUUUCAGUUUGACGCGGCGGGAAAGGACGACUUUGAGGUCGCGAACAAGCUCUGGGAUGUCAUCGACGGCAAGGCGCGCGCCAUGGUUGAGGCAUAA